UUCUCCUUUCCACUUUCUAAACACUGUUGUGCCUGUACCGUUGCUACAUAAUCUUCUUCUCCUUCUCCUUCUCCUUCUUUUCCUACGAUGCCACCAUUUUUUGGCAUCCCAUCAUUCUUUUGACUUUUCUUCUUAUUUUUAGGCCUACGUACCUACCUACAAAGCAUGUGGCCGAAACUGCCUCCGUCCUCGUCUUGAUCCGAUGGAACCCCACGUUCCCCUUGGAUACCUAACUUUGCAAACAAGGGAAGUAAGGAAGUAAGGAACUAAAUAAAUACUAUCGCUACAUGGGCUUCAAGUUCCCAUACUUUGAUAUCUAAAUUUCAAGAUGGGCUGGCUGAGCUUCUUUACCAAGAAGCAGCAGCAGCCCUCCCCCAAUAACUUGGAUAAUCAUCUCAAAGUCCAAGCCUAUGAUAAGACGGUAGCUGCCGAAGCUCCAAUUCGCGGUACCUAUCCGGUAGCUGGCAACGGUCCCAACCUUUUGGACAGGUUCGAAACAUCUCACCCACAAUUGAGAGACGCCAGUUCCUAUGAUAAUUCCGCACCACCUCCUGCAGUUCCUCGACUUCACGAGGCUGACCGUCCCAGUACCGCCCCCUCCCACCUACUACAGGAAAAAUUGUCCCGGCCAAAAUCCCAGCCAGGAACGUCGGCGAGAGUUUCGCGGGAACCUCCCAAAAAACGACAUGGCCCCUACAGACUACAUUCAAAAAAAUCAAUUGACCGGAAUGAUGGCACCAAUAAAUCCACCUAUAGCGUUACUUCGUCGAAUUAUGUUCGUGCCCGUAGUCCUUCGGUUUAUAGCACUGCCACCUCGCCGAAAUUCGGCCGUGGCCGUGGCUCUUCAGUCUAUAGUGCAGAUUCAGGAUCCACGAGAAGGUUUGUUGACCUCCUAGAUGCUCAGUCAUUUAUUAAGCCAUCGGAUUACUACGGACGUGUCAAGGCCACCGGCUCAAGAGAUUACGGCGAAGAUGUUGCGGAUCGCAAUAUCACUGAUAACCAUAGCCUCUACCUUGACUCCAUGCAUGCCCAUGAUUUUGAUCCUCACCAUUUCUCCUUUGAAGGCCAAAGCGAUGAUAGUGACUGCGAACAGUCUUCUUCGCUAAGGAAGAGCUAUUCUGUUGGCUCCGGGUUGCGGACCGGGUCAAGUAAUUCUAAUUUUCACAAAGGAUUAUCCAAGAAGCCAUCCUCUAGAUUUUCUCGGGAUCACGUGGAAAGGAAUGACACCCGAUUAGCGCAGAAGGGACGUCGAGGAUCCGUGCAUUCGUCCCUUCGAACUUCCCUAGACCGACCAAGGAGUGCCUCUAUUAGAAGUACAACAAGGGACGUAGAUCUGGGCUACUUCCCUGACUUCCUCCGAGAGAAAGCCCUUGUGGCAGUUAAGGAAGACCUGGGACGCGAUGCAUCCACAAGCCGACAUAGAGUCUCGUCAAAUAUAUCUCCUCUAUCUGAUGUGAAACUACCAUCCAAAGGAGAUGAUCUGCAAAGCUCACGGUCCUUUGGACGCCGAGAGCUUUCCACCGAAAUCAACACAGGAGGCUUAAACGAAGGCCUUGACAGAGAAAAGCAACCCAGAUCUUCUAGGAGCUAUCGUGGGAAUGACGACGACUUUCAUGACUCACUCUGCGGAUUACCGUCGUUGCAGUCCACAGACAUACCGCACUUGAAAACGACUCGCAGUCGCCUUAGUAGCAAGGAUGAGUUGACACAUAGCCGUCGAGAUCGAAAUACUGUUUGUGUAUCGGGAAAGAAUCUGCAGCGUUACGAAUUUGAGGAGACGAUGCUCGAACGAGGUAACAGCGCCCGCCAUUGGUCAUUGACCUCCGAAACGGCAGGAUCAACAGAGAGCUCCAAUCCUUUCAGACCACAAUCAGGGCAUACAACCAAUACUUCGGUUGACUUGAAUCCUCAUAUGUCUGUGCCCAAGAUUACGUCGAGUCAAGGCCCCUUGACGCCUGGAGGAAGUCACACACGAGAGUACCGAGCUGAACCCGAAAGACACGCAUCUUUACACCAUGGCGUUGACCCGGAACUAUUAGCAGGAUCGCUUGCUAAUUCUACUGGACGACACUCGGUAGAUUAUGAAAUGGAUGAGGAUAGAUCAUCAAUCGACUCCUUUGAGGCACCGCGGCGUUCCACAGGUGAAUUCGAAAAAGAUCUUCUCUUUCAAGGGUAUGGAUUUGAAGGUUCUCAACUGCCAGGACUUCCAAGCCUCUUUGAAUCUAUACCGCCACCAAAAAUUGAGCCUAUCACGUUGCCAAAAAAGCAAACAUCUUCGCCAUUUAAGCGCCCCCUAUCCAUUUUCACUUCUAGUCUUGAAAAAUUACGGCCGACUAAGUUGGACAAGCAAUUUUCGACUCGAUCCUUACAGCAUGCACCCCAACCCAGACCAACAUCGCAGCUACGAAUGCCGGCCUAUAGUUGCCCCGAUUCGGAAGAUUCAGACGAUCAUGAGCAGGGUUACGAGUCUGAUGAAAUGAAUUUUGAUAUUCCUUUCAAACGUUCCAGCAGUUCUCGAUACAACCCCCACGGCAGUACGCGGGCACACGAGACAGCUGGCGGACUAUUCGAAGACGAGUCGGGAUUUACUGAUCUGUCUCAUAUCGUGCACCUUCGUCACGAUGCCAAGACGAAAGAACGCAUGAGUAGUGCGUCGCUGCGGAAAUCAAGGGGUACAGGGAAGGCUCCAGCAAUUUAUGUCCCUACAUUCGGGUUGGAUGAUCCAUCUGAUUAUGCAGAUGCUGAGUCGUAGAAUGAUGGACAUGGACGGAUGGACACCACAUUUUGACAAGGACUUAAGCAAGCGUUAUCUCAUGAGCCCACGACAAGGCUUUUCUUAUGCCUGAUACCCAUUUUCUCUACCAUUUUCACUAAGGAGGGCUUACACACCAUGCCUUUUCCGAAACAAGUACAAAGUUGUACAUUCACGAAAUGAUUGCCGUUACGGUUUGAUGUUUGGCGCAUAGAAUGGUUGUUGGCUCUAAAGCCCGGCGAGGCUUGUGCCUGGUUUAUACCCCUAGAGAGUGUUAUGGAUUAAGACCUAUUGCAGUAGGUACACACGCAAGAAAAUAGUACCUAGGCGGCAGUAGGAUAUUUGUUUGUAUUUUCCUAGCAACCAUAAAAGAAGACGACAAUUUGAUUGAUUGAAUAUUCACAAAUUUGGCAAUGAAUGGGCAACGAAAUGCUGUUUUGAUAUGUUUGUCGGGUUUGUUGAUACCUAGAUACCGUUACAUUUGAGUGCCUCUUUAAUCACUGGCAUGUUGGCUUGUAAUGGUUAUAUCGUCACUUGGUGCAAAACCUCACAUGCAGAGCCCCCUGGUGGUAUGAUACACAAGGUAGUUGGGAACAAACCUAGAUGAAUAAAACAAUAGAGAAGGGAACUGUCAUGCAAUGGAUGGUUGGAAUAUAUUUGAUGUUAGCGAUGGCUACUUGGGGU